AGUUUUAACUUUUAAAUGCAUUGGCAACGGCAUCACAACGGAAGCGCGCGGUGCUGCACGGGAAUUCCCAGCGUGUUGGGCAAUGCACGUGAAUGACUCGAGCAUAAUUACAAAAGUUUAUAGUUAAUUACGUCUUCGCUUAGGCAUUUUACAAAGAGAGGUGGAUGGGAGGAGUACGUAAUAGGUUUUAAAAAGCGCGUGUGUGUGUGUGUUUUGUGCCUUUAAAAACGGCGGGGCGUGUAUGAGCUUUGUGUAUUCCCGUGUCGAUUCAGCUGCCGUGCCCGCCACACUUUUUGGGCUAAAGUCGCAGUGGGAACCGCCGGCGUCUCUGGCGGCGGGGUGGGGGGGGGGAGAUUUGGGAAGACCGGGGCAGCAUCCGGCCCAUCCCCGAACACUGACAGACGAGUGAUGAUCCAAUCUCCUCCUUAAGAUUAUUUUAUUUUUUCUUCAGGAUGGCCCUCGCAUCACCUCGCGUGGACGUCCUGCUGGCCAGUCAGCUCUGCAAGCCACUGGGUGAAAGUCCCUACGUCCAGGGUCGCUGUGUCAAUCGUCUAACCACCACCACCACCACGACCGCCACUGCACAAGGUAACAACGACGACGGCGACAAGAGUCACUGCCUCACAGCUCAAUCCCUCCGCUGCUCAAGGCCUCCUCAAGCCGUCAAUAAUCCUCACGCCGUCAAUAAUCCUCACGGUCACGCCAUGCAACAAUCCAUCAAGCCGCUGCUACGCGAGGUGAUCUCGUCAAUCCGUCUCUAUGGUGGACGUCCUCUCGUCUUUGUCCCUCGUUUGGCUGCCACUCUGUUGUUAGUCUCCACCACUGGCGAUCGUCCCUUAUAGCGACGGGUGAUGCCAAAGCCCACUUACAUUUUUUAGCGGUCUACGUGCCGUGUCUAACGUGUGUAUAUUAUAUGAUCCACGUGAUUGUCUUUCUGUCGCUGCCAGGCAUGUACCUCUGAUUACAGCCAUUCCUCUGUAGGCACUAGUAAGUUGUUAUUUAUAUUAAAUAACAAAAAAAUUCCAAAAGCAUUCCAACCGGUGGUUAUCCACCACUUAAUUUUAUCAGUUUGAUUCCCAUUCUCUCUUCAGUAACUGCCCUAUGUAAACACACUGCUGUGUUUCCCAAAGCAACUGUUACUAUUGUUUUGUUCGUUUUUAUCUGGAGCCUAACUUAGCAGUUUUCUUCAUUACAGAUAUAUUAUAUUAUUAUUGAUCGUGACGAUAAUUGGGAACAGAAUAUCAGAAAAUGUAGGGGCCAAGCAACCACAUGAGCAAACUGGGAUUACGAAAGGUUUCUCAAUCAUUGGCCACAUACAUUUGAUCAGAUCCUGGAAAAGACUCUCAUCAAAUAUUCUGCCGAGCUUGUGUAGAGUAUGGAUCAACAUUUGAUUUGGUGUAGAUUUAUGCAGUCAUCCAGACUCACACAAAUCACAACCUAGAUACAAAUUAUAUAUAGAGCAAUCCCGCGCCAACCGUCCAAUCAUUUAUACCGUGUUCAUUAUCUGUAUAACAAUUUACCAACCAUGACCUGCAAAUGUUGAGUAUCUACGGGUAAGCACGAGUCCGCAACACGCAUUUACAAAUUUGGCAGGCCAGCGGUUCUCCUCCAUGCCGCAAAUCCACCCAUGGCUACCCGUGGCGCUGCGUGGCUUAUUACCUGUCCAUCUGUUUUGUUGUACUGUUUCGCAUUGCAACUGCAUUCACAUUAACCCUUUCCCAUUGCGAGACGUCAGUAAGUAAGACAUUGUACUGUACUCACCACAGAGAACUUUAGCAACAUGACCACACUAUGAUAGCUGGCGCCAAACUGCCAUACACCCUUCCGAAUUGCCUUGUGGGAGCCUCGGUACCUGAAGACGUACCAAUAAAGUUAUUUUAGUUUUUCUUGUGAUUCCAUUUCGAUGGCGUACACGUACGCCUGCCCACUCAUGUCAUUGAUAACCCAGAUGAAGAGGGGGAGGGUGGGCUGAGCCCCUCCUCUUUCUAACUAUCCCUUCCCCCAUGGUCUCAUUGUCAUUAUCAUUGUUAAUAUUAAAAGUACAAAAAGUUAAUGUAAUGUUAAUUUAUGUUUUCUUAUGUUAUUCUGUAUUAUAAUGUUUUAUUCCGUGUUUCAUAAACAAGCAAGUUAGUUAAGCUAUGACGAGUCUGACCGUGUCCGUUGGUUCCCCUAACCCCCUAUUUCCCAUCGGCCCCUGUACUUUAUCCACCGCGGAUUUGCCUACCAUGGCCUUUUCCAGGAACCUAACCCCCGCGGUCAGUGAGGGAUUGCUGUACAGGCGAACCUUGCCCAACACUGCUUUAUUGAAUGUAUGCUUCGGCUCUACACGGUGUACGUAAUGGGGACUGUUUUAUGAAACAUGGGGGUGAAGGCCGUGCUGGUAGCAUAAAAGGAGCCGAGAGCGGGAGCUCAAGGCGGCUGGUUCUGGGAGUGGACUCGUCACCGUCAUCGCUGCCGUCUUCGCUAGAUAUUGCGCUACAAGAUAGUAGUGGGCUAUCUCAGUCAGCGCCGUCAGUGUUAGACGGUUGUGUUGUGUACACGCUAGGCUAAGCAACUGUGGAGAGUGUGUGGACGAGACCGUGAAAGUUGUUAAAUAAAGAAGGUUCCUCCUACAAACCUUGUCUUUGAAUCAGACACUACACAUAUAUGAAUAACGUAGGAUUGAAUCCAUUUUGGUAUUUUUCUGACUAAUAUUCAUCAUGCAUUAAACACGUUCCUUCAGAGUGGGCAGGUAGGAACUUGGUUGGACAGCGCAUUCGUGCGAUCCGUGUUGGAUACCGUAGUCGUGUUGGAGGUUGUAGCUGUUAGUAUUGCAUCCGAUGAUGAAUCUUGAUUUAUUGCUGAUCUUGGUCUUUAAGUUCAUGCAGCUGCUGCAGCAGCAGGUCGCUACCCCUGUGCUGUGACGCCGCCUCCUGCGUGUACCACGCGCCAAUCAACCUGACCUGGUCCUUGAACGGCCACGAUGCUGUCGUAAUCGCGCACCACGGUGCAUGAUGUUGAGCAGGGCGUAGACGCCCCAGUCGUAGCCGUUCGGUUGCUGCGGCACAAACACCGUGGCUAUCGACACCGGCGUGCUCGCCAGUUCGGCGCGCACGACCCGGGCCACCACCGCGCUGGCGAAGGCCGCGGUGCUCUUGGCGUUGCGCAACUGCCCCCGCGCGCAGCCAUUGAGUCUAACAGCAUGGCAGUCGACCUUGGUGGGCACGUGGCGUUGACGAUGACCAUAUGAUUUGCGUAUUUGCAUACGGAGGAUAUCAUACUUUGUUCAAGCUAAAAACAACACUCAUCAAAUACGGAUAAAAAUUAGUGCUGAAACUCCAAUUAUGCGGAUGGAAUUCCGGAUAUGCACGACAGACAGACAAAUAAUUCCUGGUGGGCAGUGUGGAACCUGUUGUUCCUACCUGUAUAGUAUUUGUAAAUGCUAAUGAUGUGGAUAUACUAUAUUUUAGGUAUGUGUGUGUCUAUGUAUGCAAGUAGCGGUGCAGCAAUUCGUACACAACACUACAAUUCUGAGUUGGAUUCCUGGCCAUGUACAUCAGUGGAAAGAGGUAUCUGAACCUGUACUGGACAUCACCGAGGUCAACUCAACCUUAAAUAAGUAGCUGGUGAAGUUUGUAAAUAUCAGCAAUGGAGGGAAACAAAAUGUGGCCGGGCAUGUUGCUGGCCAUGUUGCUGGCCAUGGUACACCCCAAUUCCUGUGCCAACCUUAACAGGAGCCCGCUAACCCCACUCAUCCCGACGGUCUCCUGGGCGGAAUGAAUAAUGUACGUCUUCGUGUGUUAGUAUGCAGUACUGUGUACGUAUAUUAACUCUGAUUGUGUUCAAAUAUAAAAAUAUAUAUCAUAGGGACUUAGAGGUGCGACCACAACUUAAUGCCAAGGGUGGCGAAUUUAGCUUUUAUUGGUGGUCGUGUGUGCGGUAGUGUUCACACGACGUGCGGCAAGCGUGGAAUACAUGUGCGAGCUUCGUCUCCCAGAAGAUGGGCGUAUUAAUGUUUACACUGGCCAGGAGUCAGAGCUGCCCCCGCUAGCACGGCACUGUACCCUCGCUCGGUGCGCCGGCGUCCCAGCGAACCUUCCUGCGUUUGUCUCCCAAGGAAGUGACUGCACAAGGAAAACAAUGGUCUGUCACAUUGUGUUAUGCGGCUGCUCAACCGGAUCACUUAAUUAUUAAUGUUUGUGAUUGCAUGAAAAAAGGGACUCACUGUCGACGUUACAUCUCGCCGCAAAUCACCAGGCCUCCAGACAAUACACGUGGAAAUUAGAAAAUAUUAAAAUAAUUGCACGCGCUUGGGAUGGAGGAGUGCUUCGCUUAGUUUCGUGGCCAAAAUUAAGUGUCGAGUGUAAUUGGGAAAAUGUUUUGGCGGAAAGACAAAGGGCCCCCUGCAAAAACAGGUGAAGGUAUUAUUUUUGCUCAAUCGUACGUUUUAAAAUUAGUGACCUACUUUUUUUCAUUUGGCCUCAUGUUUUGGACGGUCAUACAGUGAAGACCAAUUUGGCGAUGGGGAUUGAUUGCACACUUCACUGACCUGUCGCAUUAAGGAAGCACAGACAGCAAGAUGGGAAAUCGGGGUCGGUUUUGUGGGAUCCGGCCCUUUGUUAAAGAAAUAUUCUGCAAGCUGGCUGACUCGUCGGCGCGCCUCCAUGUAAGAGUGCCACGCUUAAAAAAAGAAAAAGAAAGAAAAAAAGUACAUAAUCGUUUAUCCAAAUGUAGGGCAGCCAAGAGCAGCUGGGGGUGUGUGGCCAUGUGUGGCGUUUUCUGUGAUCUACGCUCACUAUUAGCCGGCGUUGCGUUUUUUGUUUUGUUUAGAUUUUUUUUUCUUUCCCCCGCUGUAUGUAGCCGCAGCGAGGCCGGCGCAGCGUUGGCGGCGGUGCCGGACCAUGGAAACGUUGGAGUCGGAGCUGACCUGCCCUAUCUGCCUGGAGCUCUUCGAGGACCCCUUGCUGCUGCCUUGCGCGCACAGCUUGUGCUUCGCGUGCGCCCGUCGCAUCUUCGUCUCCCACUGCACUUUUGGCGGCGGCGGUGGCAACGGCAGCGGCGACACUCCCGACUCCGUGUCCAGCGCCUUCCAGUGCCCAACGUGCCGCUAUGUAAUCACGCUCGGCCAGCGUGGAUUACAGGGGCUCAAGCGCAACGUCACUCUGCAGAACAUCAUCGCCCGCUUCCAGAAGGCCUCCAUGAGCAGCAGCGGCCUCGGCUCGCCCGGCGGCAGCCGGGAGGAGAUCUCGCCGGGAGGGUCCUUCUUGCCGGACGCCAACAGCGGCAGCACUGGUAGCGCCGGUAGCACCGGCAGCGGCAGCAAUGGAAGCACGAGCGGUGGCAGCUGCUGUGGUGGAAGGGGGGGCGUCGAGGUCCUCUGCCAGUUCUGCGAGUCGGAGCCGCCGCGCCCGGCCGCCAAAACGUGCACCACCUGCGAGGUGUCGUACUGUGAAGAGUGCCUGCGCGCCACCCACCCCAACAAGCGGCCCUUCACUGACCACCGGCUCACUGAGCCGACGGCCGCGGGAGGGCCCGCGCGGGGCCCCAUGUGCGCCGAGCACGAGGCCGAGAAGGUCAACAUGUACUGCGUGACCGACGAGCAGCUCAUCUGUGCGCUGUGCAAGCUGGUGGGCCGGCACCGCGAACACAAGGUGGCAUCACUCGCUGACCUCUACGCCAAGCACAAGCAAGCACUGGAAGCAACGCUGGGGCUGCUGGUGACGAGCAGCAACGAGCUGGAGCUUCUGCUCGCUCGCCUCCUCCAGCUUCACCAGCAAGUGGAGGAGAACUCGUCGAUUCAGGAGAACAAGCUCGAGGGGGAAUGUGAGAAUCUGAUGCAGAUCAUCCGCCAGAGGAAGCAGGCGAUCAGCACCCGCAUCCACGAGGGCAAGUUUGCACGCUUGAGGAAGCUGGAGCAGCAGAUGUCAGACUGCAGGCAGUGCCUGGAGCACUCCACCCUGCUCAUGGGUCAAGCAGAGUAUGGCCUCAAAGAGGCCGACCAUGCGCGCUUCCUACAAACUGCCAAGGACAUCACUGAGCGGUUGACCAUGGCGACCGCCACGUCCCAGAUGCUGUUGCCCGAGGUGACGCUCGGCGACUCAUUCGAUCACCUCACGCUCGACUUCACCAAGGAGAAGAAGCUCCUGGAAGCCUUGGACUGCCUGACGUCGCCCAACACUCCAGUCAUCAAGAAGGACCUGAGCAUGGCAUCGCACGACAGCGUGACGGUGCAGUGGGUGUCCGACGACGAGUUCAACGUGGAGUCGUACGAGCUGCAGUACACCAUCUUCACCGGACAGACGAACCUCCACAGCCUGUGCAGCAGCGUGGACAGCUGGCUCAUCGUCCCCAACAUCCGGCACAACCACUAUACGGUGCACGGCCUGCAGAGUGGCACUCGCUACAUUUUCCUUGUCAAGGCCAUCAACCAGGCCGGCAGCCGCAGCAGCUCCUGCGUCACGCUCAAGACCAACAGCCAGCCGUUUAAGCUGGACCCCAGCUCGGCCCACAAGAAGCUCAAAAUCGGCAACAACAACCUUACGGUGGAACGCGAGGAGCCCUCCAAGAAGAACCACACGGCGGAGCGCUUCGGGGGGCACAGCUGCUACGGCGUGGCCGGGAACGUCCUCAUCGACAGCGGACGCCACUACUGGGAGGUGCUCACCAACGGCAGCACCUGGUUCGCGGUGGGCAUCACUUACCACAGCACUCCCAAGCACGAGUGGAUGGGCAAGAACCCUUCGUCCUGGGUGCUGGGCCGCUGUAACAACUCCUGGGCGGUGCGCGGCAACGGCAAGGAGGCGGCGCUCGAACCCCGAGCCCACCUCCGGCGCCUGGGCGUGCUGCUCGACUACGACGGCUGCCUGCUAUCGUUCUACGAUGCGGCCACGGCGCAGCACCUGCACUCGCUCUCCAUCUCCUUCGUGGAGCCCGUGCUGCCGACCUUUGCCGUGUGGAACCGCUCCAUGAGCGUGCUCACCGGCCUUCCUGUACCCGACUACAUCGACCAGGAUGACCAGAUGCCCGAGUGAGUGUGGCCUGGGCCGCUACCCUCCAAGACCAGACGCCGGUCGAGCGGCCAUCCACCACGCCAUCGCCAUCGUUGCUCGGCAAGCUCACGGUGGCGAGAUGUUAACUACCUCGCCUGGUAUGCAGGAGGUCGUGGGUUCGAACCCAACCCUGAUGCCUGUAUAUUUGGAGUUU